AUGUCGCCGCGCCGGCAGCGCCCUCCCACCCGCAAAGAGAUGGAGGGUUCUUGGAAGGCCAGGUCGAUCGAACUGGAGAGGACGAAGACGCUCGAGUUACUUAGAGAAUCGCUCUGCAUCAAAUGCAUCGAUUCGCAUUUGGAAAAAGAGCCACGUGAUGACCAAGGUAGAAUGAUGGACGGCAACAGGGCGAUGCCCUGUCUGAAUCUGGCUGAUUUCGCGGAGUUGGAGCCCGCAACCAGAUCGGCUCAGAUUGAAGGAAUCAAGGGAAUGACCGUCGAGGAAGCACGGAUGCUCCAGCAUGAGAAGAGCGGCGGCGCAAUCGCGAAGCCUAGCCAAAUGUCAAUCAACCUCAGCCCGACGUUGCUCAGAUUGGUCGCUGGCAGUGAAACGUCAAUGGUCCAAGUUCAGGGUGAAACGAUCCAGAGCGACUUGGAACGUACCCAGGACAACUCUCGUCCCCAGAUUCCACGCACGAAAUCUCACGUCAACGAAUCAACUGGGAAGAUCUGGGACAUGGUCGACUUUCUAAUCCUGGGGGGUGUCAGCAAUCGGGCGUUCCAUUCAGGAGACAUCGAUUCUCUCGUGAUAUUCUUAUAG